GGUCUACAAACUUGCGGGUUGUGUCUCAAUUGUCUGAACGCCUGAAGUAGGCGCUUGGAGUCGGAGAAGUGUAUCUGGGUGGCUAUGGAUACAGAGGGGGGCGGUGCGUCAUUGCGCUUGGAGAAUGAGAAACUGCGGUACGAGAAUGACCACCUGAAAAUAAUGCUUGACCUAAUGAAGGAAAACUUUAAUCUGAAGUCCAAACUGCAAACCUCCGCUCUAACCAGCGACACUCUCAGGAAAUCGACAGGCAGGAACACAACUAUUCAGUGGCAAGACAUCGUGGAUGAGGACAGAUUCAAACAUGAGCUGCAUCAAUCGCCCAGACAUCCUCACAGAACGUCUUCCCCGGUUAACCUGGAGUCCUACACCAAGAGCUGCAUGGGCACAGACCCACGAGAACAUGAAGAGACUGCAAGCUGUUCUUAUGUCAUGUCUCAGAAGGUGAAAGAUCCAGAGCGGUUGUUGGGGGAGAUAGCCUUCCAGCUGGAUCGAAGGAUCUUGUCCUAUGUGUUCCAGGGCCAGAACAGACUCUAUGGGUUCACUGUGCUCAAUAUACGAGACAAGAUCAUUCAGGUGUCCACACACCCUCUGACGGGAAGGUGGACGAGGGCUACAGGCUCCAGCUGUCCCAGCUACACUGAGCUGAUGGCCAAGCUGAAGCAGCUGGGCUAUAGUAUGACUCUCCACCCCCCCUUCACAGAGUUCAUCAUCAACACCUACGGCAUCCUGAAGCAGAGGGCUGACUCAUACAGCGCCCGGGAGCUGGGAUACAACAGCCCGGACUUCCUCAGGAGAGUAGUUAUCAACUCAGCCCCCUCCAAACUGCUGAAGGAUCUCCUGCUGCUGUUCAGUUGCCUCUCUUUCAUGGCCAGGCAGGACGGCAAGCCCCUCUUCCUCUGGUAGACGGGCUGGGAACAGCUCUGGUUCAGGGUGUUACGUGCAGCUUGCUGAUUCUGAGUCUUUUAUAAACGCUUAGGACCAGAGCUAGCCACUGAUACCACCUCCCUCCACA